AGAGAGAGAGACCUCGACGGGACUGCUUUAGAUCAAUAGAGCUGGGGCGGAGGUGGAGGAGGCACGGUCUACACCACUCCACAUUUCCGCUCAUAUCUCCACAUCCACUGGGAACUACCACUAACAACAACAACAACAACAACAACAACAACAACAACAACUGCAGUCUUGGCCUUCCCUUGGUGGUGGUGGUGGUGGUAGUGGUAGUGCUGGUGGUGGUGGUGGUGGUGCUGGUGGUGGUGGUAAUAACUUGUACUGCAACUACAACUACUACUACUACUACAACUUCAAGCUUCAAACAGGUCAAAUGAAGCUUCACUGAGGCUUCAAAACUUUUAUUGCUUCAUAUAAGUGUGUGUGUGUGUGUGUGUGUGUGUGUCAUAAGGUUCAAAUUCGGUGCCAUGUUGUUAUAUACACUCGGCUCUAUUGUGUUUGUUGGUGUUUCAUAAGGUUCACUCACUGGUUCACUCACUGGUUCACUCACAAACACGGUUCAGUUGUAAUUCUCACAUCCUGGUUCGUUAUCUCGGUUUCUUUGUGUUGGUUCACUCUAUCUCGGUUCCACGGUUCGAAUCUCUCGUUUUUUUGUAAAGCUUCGAACCCUGAACCGCUUUUUUCGUAGCAUUUGUGAACCAGUGAACCGCGAGUCAACACGGUUCACAUUAAAUUCUCACAUUUCGGUUCUUUUUUUGUGUUGGUUCACUCUAUCUCGGUUCCACGGUUCGAAUCUGUCUCGUAUUGUAAAGUUUCGAACCCUGAACUCUUGUUUCGAACCCCUUGUGAACCAGUGAACCGCUAGUCAAUCAAAAACCUGGUUCAACAUUGUAUUCUGGUUCGCUCGGUUCAUUACUUCGAAUCUGUCUCGGUUCUCGCAAAAUUCGAACCUUGAACCCCUUUUGUCUCGAACCACUAGUCAGUAACAUCGAAAACAACAAAAAAAACAAAGAAAACAAACCAAUUUCCCGUUUUCUAUCACAAAAAUAAGGAAAACGGAAAUAUUUGAGCUCCCCCUUGUAUUUGACUCCCGUUUUCUUUGCGACGCCCUUGGGAGAGGAGGAGGAUGAAGGGCAAACAAACCAACAAACGAACACCAAGGAAGACCAAAGGAUCGCCGAAGAAACAGGAAGAUGUGAGGAGGGAAGAGGAGGAGGAGGAGGAGGAGAUGGAGGAGGAGGAGGAAGAGGAGGAGAUGGAGUUGGAAGAAGAGGAGGAGGAGGAGGAGGAGGAGGAAUCAAACACGAAGAAGAUAAGUAAUGGUAUACCUCCUAAGACAUCCUCCUCUUCCUCCUCCUCCUCCUCCUCCUCCUCUUCUUCUCCAUCUAAAUCACCAAAGUUUUCCUCUUCCUCUUCUAAAGUUACUAGUCUAAGAACUAUUAAGACUACUACUAUCAAGACUAGCAAGGUGCAAAUAGUCACUGGCCAGGGGAAGACUCAGGUGACGCCCUUGAAGACUGCAGGAUCCGCUAAGGCCCUCACAAGCAGCCCUGGGAGGAGUAAAGGCCCCUCGACGCCACAGAAGGGAAAGAAGAUUACCAUAACCUCAAACACUGGAAAGGAUAAGGAGGAGGAGAAAGAGGAGGAGGAGGAGGAUAAGAUUGUCAUCUCCACGAGAGGGGAGGAUAAAGAGGAGGAGGAGGAGAAGGAGGAGCCCAGCCAAGAGGUCUCCAGCUAAGAGGAAGGAUGUCAAGAGUAAGAAGGAUGCGAGUGAGGCAGUAAAGGGCGCCAAGGAGAAGGACUCGUCAGAUAAGGAGAAUGUGGAGGCGCCGCCGCUGUCCCGCACCAGAGGCAAGGCGCGCCCCAUCAAGGACACCGCCGGGGAGUCCUCAGGCUCUGAUGCGGAGAUGGAGAUAGACGUGGAGGACAGCGACGAGGAGGCCGUGGUGGAGGAGGAGGAGGACACGGAGAGCGAUGAUGAUGAUGAGGAGGAUGAUGAUCAGAGUAGCGGUGAGGGUCGGCGUGGCAAGGGUAAGGAUGCGCGGGAGGCGAAGGAGAAGGACUCGAGCGAGGAGCACAUCAUCGUGCUGGCCGCCUCGCCGGUGAAGGGCGAGGCUGCGGGCAAACAGAAGCGGUUCAAGUGUGGCAUCUGCGGCAAGCUGUCCUCGGCCAAGGCGGACCUGCUCAAACACGUCCGCAUCCACACCGGAGACCGCCCCUACAAGUGCAAGGUGUGCGGCGCAACCUUCGUGCAGAUCACCGCCCUGCGCGGCCACGAGACAAUCCACACCGGCGAGAAGCCCUUCCGCUGCGACCUCUGCAACAAGACCUUCGCCCUCAAGGACCGCCUGCGCCUCCACAUGCGCGUGCACACCGGCGAGAAGCCCCACAAGUGUGACCACUGCGACCUGACCUUCGCGCGCCGCAGCCAGGUCACGCAGCACGCGCGCGUGCACACGGGCGAGAAGGCUUAUGAGUGCACGGACUGCGGGGCGCGGUUUGCGUCGUACCACACGCUGAAGGGCCACUUGCUGGCGCACCGCGGCGUGAAGGAGUUCCAGUGCGGGGCGUGCGGCAAGAAGUUCAUCCGCGUGGAGGGCAUGUACAAACACAUCCGCACCGUGCACCGCGGCUCGCGCCCCUACACCUGCAACCUGUGCGGCAAGGCCUUCAAGGGACACCUGCAGCAGCACAUGCGCCUGCACCUCGGCAUGCGGCCCUUCGAGUGCUCCACCUGCGGCGCCACCUUCACCCAGAACUCUCAGCUCACGGUGCACAUGCGCAUCCACACGGGCGAGCGCCCCUACAAGUGCCAGAUCUGCGGCGCCGCCUUCGCCCACUCCUCCGCCUGCAAGAUCCACAUGCGGUCCCACACGGGCGAGAAGCCCUUCCAGUGCGUGCUGUGCACCGCAGCAUUCUCUCAGCUGCCGCACCUCAAGAAGCACAUGAAGUGCGUGCACCACGCCGCCAAGCCCUAUCUCUGCACGCGCUGCGACGAGUACUUCCAGACGCAGAGCGAGCGGGACGUGCACGAGCGCCGCGUCCACGGCCUGGACAAGUCCGCGGAGCAGGAGGCGGAGGAGAUGGUGGAGGAGUCCACGCUGGCCCGGCUGCGCAACAGACUGGCGGUGCUGCUGUACCGCAUCUCCUCCGAGGAGCGCCGCUGCAAGUUUGGGUUCGGCACGCAGCUGGUGGACGACGUGCUGAAGCUGUCCCUGGAGUCCUCGGGACACACGCCCGUGUCAGACGAUUCCCUGUCCCGCCUGGACGAGCUGCGCAAGAACGUGUUGCUGCUGCUGAAGUGGACCAUCCCCAAGGAGACCAUGGAGGAGUACCACCGCAACAACAUGACGGUCGACGAGGUGCUCGACAUGCUCACCUCCUAGUCAACCCCCACAACCCCGCCCCGCACCGCCCAGCCCCGCCCCCCGCACCGCCCCGCUCUCACCCUCUCACCCUCUCACCCCGACCAUCGGAACUCGCGGCGUGCGUGUGACGCGCUCCUCACAACACACUAUGCAUUCAUCACACACUCACUCACUCACUCACUCACAUACUCACGCCUCAGCCCCGACCCUCCGCGCCGCGCCUCGCCCCGCCCCGCCCCGCCGACCCCUGCCCUCACCACAUGUCACUUCGUCUAGCGUCACCUCACAUAACUUGUUCACAACUAUCAUGACUAAUAUUCCCUACUAGUACUACCACUAUUAUUAUUAUUAUUAUUAUUAUUAUUAUUAUUAUUAUUAUUAUUAUUAUUAUUAUUAUUAUUUACUUUUAUUUUAUCAUUUUUCUCCACAUUCUCUCUCUCUCUC